AUGGCCACCAAUAUUACCUUCCACCCAGGCUCUGUGACCAACUUGGAGCGGACGCAAUUUCUUGGUCAGAAAGGCGUUACUGUCUGGCUUACAGGGUUAAGCGCCAGCGGAAAGUCAACCAUCGCCUGUGCUCUCGAGCAGCAUCUGCUGAACCUUCACAAAUUCACCUACCGUCUCGAUGGUGACAAUGUAAGAUUUGGCCUCAACAAAGAUCUUGGUUUCGACGAAAAGUCUAGAAAUGAAAAUAUACGACGGAUAGGCGAGGUGUCCAAAUUAUUCGCCGACGCAGGAUGCGUAUCCAUCACCGCAUUCAUAUCUCCCUAUUUGGCAGACAGAGCCACAGCCAGGGAACUACAUUUGAAGGCCUCCUUACCGUUCGUCGAGGUAUACAUCGAUGCGCCACUGCAGAUAGUGGAGGAACGGGACCCCAAAGGGUUGUACAAAAAAGCGAGGGCCGGAGAAAUCCAAGAAUUUACUGGAAUAUCUGCGCCAUACGAGGCCCCAGAAGCUCCAGAAAUUCAUAUCAAGACCCAUGAAACGGAGGUUCUUGACGCGGUCCGCAUUAUUGUUGAUUUUCUUGUUUCAAAGGGAUACCUUUCGACUUAG